AUGCCGUCACGGCUUCUAACUACCGCAGUAGGAUACACGCUAAGCAGUGGGUGUGCGCGUGCUGCUGCGAUCCCCGCGAAAAAGCUUGCAUGGGAAGCGCUUCGGUAUAUGCACACGUCGCAACCUUCCGCACAGCCUUUUACGUCGCGUCCUGUGGGCGCAGUGCCCCAGGGAAGCGAGGGCAUCGACCGCUGGCGUCGAUUUAUUCCCGAGACGCCGAAAGCGGACGUAAAAAAAGUGCUUCUAGUUGGCUCCGGCGGCUUGAGCAUCGGCCAGGCCGGCGAGUUUGACUACAGUGGAUCGCAAGCCAUCAAGGCGCUGCGUGAGAGCGGAAUUGAAACGGUACUGAUUAACCCCAACAUUGCUACUAUACAGACCUCGCACGAGCUUGCUUCGCAGGUGUACUUUCUUCCCAUUUCGCCCGACUACGUUGCGUAUGUGCUGGAGAAGGAACGCCCCGAUGGUGUGUUCCUCACCUUUGGCGGCCAAAGCGCAUUGAACUGCGGUGUGAAACUGGACGAAAUGGGCGUGUUUGAGCGGCUGGGCGUUCAAGUGCUGGGCUCGCAGGUCGAGGUACUUCGUGUCUGCGAAGAUCGUGACUUGUUUGUGCAAGCGCUGGACGAGAUUAAUAUUCCCGUCGCCCGCAGUGAGGCGGUCUCGACCGUGCCAGAGGCACUGCGUGCCGCUGGCGAGAUUGGUUAUCCGGUCAUUGUGCGUGCCGCGUAUGCGCUCGGCGGACUCGGCUCUGGUUUUGCCGACGACGAGGAAGAACUUCGCGACUUGAGUGCGCGGUCAUUGAGUCUUAGCCCCCAGAUUUUGGUAGAAAAAAGUCUGCGUGGAUGGAAAGAGAGCGAGUAUGAAGUGCUGCGUGACCAGCAGGACAAUGCCAUCAUUUGCUGCAACAUGGAAAACUUUGACCCCCUUGGUAUCCACACCGGCGACUCGAUUGUCGUCGCACCUUCACAAACGCUGUCCGACGACAACUACCACAUGCUCCGCAGCGCGGCGCUCAAGGUGAUUCGCCACCUCGGCAUCGUCGGCGAAUGCAACAUUCAGUACGCACUCGACCCCGACAGCCGCGAAUAUCGUGUAAUUGAAGUGAAUCCCCGUCUAAGCCGUUCAAGUGCUCUUGCUUCCAAGGCUACUGGUUACCCAUUGGCUUACACUGCCGCAAAGCUUGCGCUUGGCCACACGCUCCCUGAACUGCCCAAUGCAGUUACCAAGACGACCACCGCGUGUUUUGAGCCUUCGCUCGACUACAUUGUCACCAAGAUCCCCAAGUGGGAUCUCUCCAAGUUCCAGCAUGUGAACCGCCAGACUGGCUCAAGUAUGAAGAGCGUCGGCGAGGUGAUGGCCAUUGGCCGUACCUUUGAAGAGUCGUUGCAGAAAGCGGUGCGCCAAAUUGCGCCCAACUACGACGGCUUUGAUGUUUACGCACGCCCUGACGAUGUAGAUCAUGCAUUGGCUGUCCCGACAGACACGCGUCUGUUUGCGAUUGCCUAUGCCAUGCUCGAGAAGAACUACUCGGUGGAACGGAUCCACCAGCUGAGCAAGAUUGACCGCUGGUUCCUCUUCAAGCUGGAAAACAUUGCCAACACGCACCGCGAAUUAAAAAAGCGCAGCGCACUUGCAGCCAUCGAUGACGCAUUGAUGCGCACUGCAAAGCAGCAAGGAUUCUCGGAUAUACAAAUUGCCAACUUGGUGGGAAGCACUGAACUGGAAGUGCGUGCGGCACGCAAAGCGAUGAACAUCCACCCCUGGGUGAAGCGUAUUGACACGGUGGCUGCUGAAUAUCCUGCACAGACCAACUACUUGUACACAACGUACAACGCAUCCUCGCAUGAUGUCGAGUUCGACGAACACGGCACCAUGGUGUUGGGUUCCGGUGUAUACCGCAUUGGCUCCUCGGUUGAGUUUGACUGGUGUGCUGUUACGUGUGUGCGCAAGAUCAAAGACCUGGGCAACAAGACCAUCAUGGUGAACUAUAACCCCGAAACAGUGAGCACGGACUAUGAUGAGGCGAACCGACUCUACUUUGAAGAGCUCAGCUACGAACGUGUGAUGGACAUCUACGAAAUGGAGGGCGCCGAAGGCGUAAUUGUCUCGGUCGGCGGUCAGCUUCCGCAAAAUAUUGCGUUGCGUCUCCAAGAGUCUGAUUUGAAGGUCUUGGGCACAGAUCCCCGUAGCAUCGACGCUGCCGAGGAGCGCCACAGGUUUUCGCAGAUCCUCGACUCGAUCGAUGUGGACCAGCCGGCAUGGGUAGAAGUGACAAACGUGGAAAAGGCCAAGAGUUUUGCCAACGAGGUCGGCUACCCUGUACUUGUGCGUCCAAGCUAUGUGCUCUCUGGUGCUGCGAUGAACGUGAUUUGGGACGAGUCUAUGCUGGAGGACAACCUCACCAAGGCUGCUGAGGUGAAUACAAAGCACCCCGUUGUCCUCACCAAGUUUAUCCCUAACGCACAGGAAAUUGAUGUCGACGCGGUGGCGCACCAAGGCAAGCUUUUGGUACAUGCAGUGUCGGAACACGUGGAAAAUGCUGGCAUCCACUCUGGUGAUGCCACGCUCGUCCUCCCUCCUUUCUCGCUCGUAGAGACAGACAUGGCGCGCUUGAAGGACAUCGCGGAGCGCGUCGCGAAAGCGUUUGACAUUAGCGGGCCGUUUAACAUGCAAAUUAUCCGGAAAGAGACGGAGAAGGGAUUGGAAUUAAAGGUGAUCGAAUGCAACCUUCGUGCAAGCCGCUCAUUCCCUUUUGUGUCCAAAGUUCUCGGCGUCAACUUUAUUGAUAUCGCAACGAGUGCAAUUAUGGGAACAAACGUGCCGGAACCAGUCGAUUUGAUGGCAAUUCCCCGCGAUCAUGUCGCUGUCAAGGUACCCCAGUUCUCCUGGACGCGUCUUGGAGGCGCGGAUCCUUUCCUGGGCGUCGAAAUGGCGAGCACUGGUGAGGUUGCGUCGUUUGGUAGGGAUCUCCACGAGGCGUACUGGGCUUCUAUUGCAUCCACCACUGGAUUCCGCGUGCCGCAGGCUCGCAAAGGUGUGCUUUUGGGCGGUGAUAUUAGCAAGCCGGAGCUGACCACGAUUUCCAAGAAACUGUACAACUUGGGCUUCAAGCUAUACUGCUCGAAUACUGGUGUGGAAGCGUUUUUGAACGAAAUCCCACACGUAUCUGCAAAACGUAUCUGGUUCCCAUUGAAGGACAAAAGGAAGCUGCGCGAGGUGUUUGAUGAAUACGAGAUCCAAUUCGUCGUCAACCUUGCCAACAAACGCGCUGAAAAUACGCUCGACGAGGACUACGUGGCUCGUCGUAACGCCGUCGACUUUGGCUUGCCGCUCUUUAAUGAGCCGAAGACGGCAUUGCUUUUUGCCGAGACGCUUGAAAAGAGGAUGCCUUAUGGCGCCCUGCUCCCUUACGAGGAAGACAAUAUCCCAUCCGAAGUCCACUCAUGGAGUUCGUAUGUACCAGAGUCUCUUAAAUAA